UAAUAUUAAAAAUUUGAGAAUUUUUUCAAUUUUCUAAUCAAACAAUUUUUCCAUUAUUUUACUAUAAUUCAUUUAUAUUGGACAUAAAUAUAGCUCUUUGAGCAAUCUAGUGUGAUUAUAUUAAUUAAAGAUUGUAAAGUCAUUAUCAAUUAGUCGUUAAACUUCUGAGAAAUUAGUGCCGAACAUUUUUUCAACUUUUUUUGUGUGAAUUAUUAAUUUUUAACGAGGAUAUACUGUAAUUAAAUAACAUUUUUUGAUGGAUUUAGACAGAAUUACGAAGCUUCAAUACGAGAUUCAUUCAUUCUCCAGCUUCUCAUCAUCCUAUUUGCCAGAAAAUAUUCGCGACGAUAAUCCAAGCGAUCAAAUAUCACGAUGGUCUAGCGAUACUAACGUACCAACUCAGUUCAUCACUUUGAGGCUUAACAAACCGGCUAUAGUCAAGAAGAUACUCUUUGGGAAGCACAAAACUGGUCAUGUUUGCAACUUGAAGAAGUUUAAAAUUUACGGUGGGCUCCAGGAGAGCAAUAUGUUUCAAAUUUUUGAAGGGGGCUUAAAAAAUGACAAUGUGCCAGAGAUAUUUGAUCUUAAGCAUAAGAUGUACACUGAAGAAGGAGAACGAGAAAUUCCAAUUUUAUAUGUACAAAUUGUACCUUUGUUGAGUUUUGGGCCUUCGUUCAAUUUUAGUAUUUGGUAUGUGGAGCUUCGGGGAGUUGAAAAUGAUUCCUAUGUAAGCGACAUGAUGAGGAAUUUCAAUGACCAAAGAGAGAAGCAAGCAGUACGUCUUGUUUUAAAACAUUUACGUGAUAAGGGUUAUAUGGCUGCAUUUAAAACUUUGGAAAAUGAGGCAAAUAUACAUUUAGAGGACAAUCAGAUAACGGAGCUAUAUCAGUGCUUGGUUGGGGCUGGACAUUUUGAGAAGUCUGAGGAGAUUAUGGCCAAAUUCAUAGAAUAUGGUGAUGUCGACGAGUAUAUUUCCAAUCAGAAAUACAAAGCACACUUUUGUGAAAUAUUACCAAAAGAAAGUGAGAAAGUAUUAAGACCAAAGACUCGUGUGGAUGCUGGCUAUGCAUUUGAUAAUGAAUCAAACGUAAUUUAUAUGUUUGGAGGCCAUUGUGAGGAUGAUUCGGAAGAUUUAAACGAUUUUUGGCUGUAUGAUAUUAAGGAUAAUAAAUGGACAUGUAUAAAUGAAAGUUGUGGCUCUAUAUCGCCGAGAUCUGGACAGAAAAUGGUGUUCGAUCCAAUUUCUAAACAAAUUUUCAUGCUUGGAAGGAAGGCGAGUAGAGGGACUGAGAAUGUAAAUGAUACUUACAAGAAUGAUUUUUAUUUGUAUGACAUCCAAACAAAAACGUGGAUGUUAAUAUGUGAAGAUACGAAACAAAUGAAUGGACCAUCUUUAGUACAAGAUCAUCAAAUCUGCCUAAAUCCCAGAGAGCGUACAAUUUAUGUGUUCGGAGGAAAAUUAGUCAAUAAAAUUUUGUGUUCACUUUGGCCCUCUUUGGUUUGGUCUGAUGAGGGCGCCAACGAUUCAUUUUCAGGAUUUUAUUCGUAUCAUAUAAACACAAAUACAUGGAAUUUAUUAUGUUUAGACAUUAAUCAUAUUAAUGCAGCAAAUCCUGAAAUAAAUUCUAUUAAAGCGAGAGUAUCGCACAGCAUGCUGUUUGAUGAUAAUCGAAAAAAGAUUUAUAUGAUAUGUGGGCACCGUGCAAAGGAAUCAUUUAAUGAUAUCGUCCAAUUUGAUAUAGAGACCAAUUUAUUUGCCAAUACACCGACAUCAUCACAUGUUGCAUCUUCAUCAACAGCCUCAUUAGACUCGGCAAUGAAUUGCGAAAAGCCUUCUGGCUCGUGCUUCUCGACAAUAGAUUUAAACAAGGGCGAAAUCUAUAUCCUCAUAAAGGAUAAUUUAUGGAUGUAUUCAUUGGCAACAAACGAAUAUUCUACGAUACACAAAAGCCAUCAACAUUCAUCCACAAACAAUAAUAAUGGAUCACAACAAAGUUGUAAAGAUUCGUCCGAAAAUUAUUCACGUGCCGGCGAUGUAAAUUAUUUCGUCCAUACCAACGAUUCUCUUUAUGUGCUCAAGUCAGAUUCAGAAUAUAUAAUUCAAUUACGGAAGCCAUCACGUGAUAGUAUCUUAAACUAUUGUAAGUACUUGAUAAGGAGGCAGCAGUAUGAAGAAAUAGCACGAGAGAAUCCCAUAAGUGCACUUUCAUUUCUACGUAAUGAUUUGUCCGAAACAAUUGAUAAGAAUGAUAUAAAUCAAGUAAAUGACUUUCAUAAACUUGCCUCGCUACUCUUCUGCAAUAAAUCUUUAACGAAUUAUUCGGAUGGAGAUUCGGAUGGACAGCAAGGUGAAUCGAGCAGUGGACAAAGUAAAAUGAGAAAUCAACGAUCAAUUUUAUUUAAUAAGCUCACUUCAUUGCUUCCCAAAGCAAAAUGCCAACCGCAACAAGCUUUACUCAAUUUUAUAAACGUGUAAGGACGUCACAAACUGUCAACACGAAGUUGCCAAAGCGCAUUUUUACUACAAAUCAAUAUUUAAACAACUUUUUUUGGAGACAUAGAAGUUUACACGCAACGAAUUUUAUCAUCAACAACUAACGUUUUUUGCAUCAAUUUUUGUCAACGUCAGAGAUUAAGGAAUGAUUUUUGAAUGCAUCGAAACAGUACAAAUAGACAUGAUUUGCAUGACAACAAUGUAGCUAUUAUUACUCAAUAACAUAAAUUUUGAUAAUUUGUUACGUCUUUUAAUGUAAAAUUUGGAAAUUUGUAUGUGAAUAAAUUGAAAUUCUAGUUCCUUAGUGGCUUUUUAAAAUUAUGGAAAAUAUCAUUUUGAAAAUUUAGAGAUUAG